AUGCAACAUAUUGAUGUUUCUGAAAAGGAAAAAACGAAUAGUUUUUCACUGGGAAAACUUUUAAUUAUUGGUGAUGAAGAAUUUGAAGACUUAGAUGAAAUUGUGGCACGUCAUGUGCAACCCAUGGCGUCUCUUGUUCGUGAUGUAAUGACCUACAAAUAUUACCGUGAUUCUUCGGGUGGUGAUCGUGCUCACCUAAAUGCUUUACUUCAACAUGAAAAGAGCCUUAAUCCGGAUCGCAUUCCUUAUUUUUUGAGUUCAACAAAAGAACGUCCCGGUUAUUUCAUUCUUGCGUAUUUACCCAAUAAGAAUCCACAUUUUGAAUUAUUUAGCAUACGACCCGAAGGUUUCAAGUUUCGCCAGUUAAUAUUCCCAACUCUCGACCGAAUGAUUACUUGGUUCAAAGAACACUAUAAUGACGCUGUAAAUUACUAUCGCGGUUGA